AUGCAUUACACCCCCACACCGCUAACUCUUCCUCUCUUUCCUUCUAUCCCGCUAACUCUGUAUUUGUUCUCCCCUUUCUUGCAGGAGACGGAACUCGCGGGCAAAAAGGUUAUCUACUUCAUUAAGCUAAGUGCCCCCUUCAACGUGCUGUGCCGCUUCGCCGAGGAGCUGAACAUGAGAGCGCCACUGCAGGCGCACAACAACCCGUCUACCAACUGGUCCGAGGUCAUCUUGGAAUACCUUCACCUCCCAAACCUGAUGGCCGAGGACGUCCCCAACAAACCCCUCGACUACUUCACCUGCGCUUUCAAGAGGUCGAAAAUAGACAGGUUCUUGGGCAGCGACAACCCCGACAAGUACUUCACCAACACCCAGCGCUCCAGGAUCGUCUAUGAGAUUCUGUCGACGGCGGCGUUUGGCAAGACGAAGAAGGGAGAGAUCGGUAUUGAGAGGCUGGUGGAGGAGGGCGUCUACACUGCCUCGUUUGCGCUCCAUGAUGGCCCGUAUGAACCGCCGCCCGGACCGCUGGAUCCCUCGAAGCUCAACCCCCGCCAGGUUCUCUACCACUACUGGGCGCGAUGGGGAAAGUGGUACAAGUAUCAGCCGCUUGACCACAUCCGCGAGUACUUCGGGGAGAAAAUCGGGAUCUACUUCGCUUGGCUGGGGAUGUACACGGGCUGGUUGUUGCCGGCCGCGGUGGUGGGGCUGCUGGUGUUCCUCUACGGCGUCAUCACGAUCAACCAGAACACGCCGGCCAACGAGAUCUGUGAUUCCCGAGGCGCGUUCAUCAUGUGCCCGCUCUGCAACGAGAAGCUGGGCUGCGUGUUUUGGGACCUCAACGAUAUCUGUGUGAACGCGCGGAUCUCCUACCUCUUCGACCACCCCGGCACCGUUUUCUACUCAAUCUUUGUGUCUUUUUGGGCCGUGUCCUUCCUCGAGUACUGGAAGCGUAAGAGCGCCUCCCUGGCACACCACUGGGACUGCCUCGACUUCCAGGAGGAGGAGGAGCGGCCGAGACCAGAGUUUGCAGCCAAGGCGCCGUGCAGGGAGCGGAACCCCAUCACGGGCGUGCGAGAACCCUCCUUCCCUAAGUCCAUUAGAACGAAGCGGAUCAUGGCGGGUGUCGGUCUUAUCUUCAUCAUGAUGAGCCUGGUGAUCAUCUUCAUCGUGGCGGUCAUCAUCUACCGCGUGUUGGUGUCCAUCCCUCUCUUCCGGAACGACACGCUUCGAUCCCAGGCCCAAGCCAUCUCCUCGCUGUCCGGGGCGGUGGUCAACUUCAUCAUUAUCAUGUGCAUGGGCCGCGUGUAUGAGAAGCUCGCCCAUAGACUGACCACGUGGGAGAUGCACCGGACCCAGACGGACUUCGAGGACAACCUGACCUUCAAAGUGUUCAUCUUCCAGUUCGUCAACUUCUACUCGUCCAUCUUCUACAUCGCGUUCUUCAAGGGCCGCUUCGUGGGCUACCCGGGGCACUACAAACACAUCCUGGGCUUCAGAAACGAGGACGUGAGUGUUGGAGAGAAGGAGAGACAGCUAAACCAAAGAGAAAAGAUUGGCAAGCAGGUGGUGAACAAUCCUUGUGUGUACUUGGGCCCAGAAGUGUUUAAGUAUAUGUGACCUAUGCCUUUUCGUCCCCAGGUUAAGAUGGCCCACAAAGCAAGGACACGCUGGGAGGCGGACUACCAGCUAAUCGACAACGAGGGACUGUUUCAGGAGUACCUCGAGAUGGUUCUUCAGUUCGGCUUCAUCACCAUCUUCGUGGCCGCAUUCCCCCUCGCGCCGCUCUUCGCCCUCCUCAACAACUGGGUGGAGAUUCGCCUCGACGCGCAGAAGUUCGUGUGUGAGACGCGGCGGCCAGUCUCCGAGCGUGCCCAGAACAUCGGUAUCUGGUUCACCAUCCUGGACUUCAUGGCGCAUCUGGCGGUGAUUAGCAACGCCUUCCUCAUAGCCUUCACCUCGGACUUCCUGCCUCGCCUCCUCUAUAAGUAUGAAUACGAUUGGUCCCUCAGCGGCUACAUCAACUUCACGCUGGCCAUCGCCCCGAACAACACCCUGAGCCAACAGUGCAGGUAUCGUGGGUAUCGUGAUGAGUACGGCAACCACACUCUCUUCUUCUGGCGCCUCCUGGCCAUCAGACUCGCCUUCGUCAUCAUCUUCGAGCACGUGGUGUUCGGUAUCUGCCGCCUCAUCGACAUCCUGGUGCCAGACAUCCCGCAGAGCCUCGAGAUAAAGAUCAAAAGGGAGAGAUACUUGGCCAAACAGGCGCUGGCAGACUCGGACACCAUGAUGAAGGUCGCUGCUCAAGGGAACGAAGAUGACGACGACAACGAAGGCGGAAACGACAUCCACAUCCUCCUGCACGACGGGGAUUCUCAGAGCGCCAUCGUCCCCCCUUCCCCCGGCUGCCUCACUCCACAGUCCCCCGUGCAGCCCCCGCCCCAGACGCAACCCUCGCCUGAACCCUCCCCGCCGCAGCCCCCGAAGAACUCCAUGCCCGCCCGGGACCCCGAUGCGUUCUCCUCCUAUGACUUCGGGAACAUUGAGACCUCCCCGCCCUCCACCCUCAAGCAGACCUCCCCCUCCCCGCCGAGUCAUUCCAACACAGCGUCCUCCUCCGCAAACACGACCUCUGAUGCAGCCUUCUCCUCGGCCUCCUCCGCACCGCCGUCCUCGUCCUCCUCCUCCUCCGCCCCCAAGGAUAAGAAGGAUAAGAGCCUCCCCGCGUCCUCGCCCUUCGGAGAGGCCAAGAUCCCGCCGCCCGUGCCCUCCAGAAGAAGCUCCCGAGGCGUCAAAGGGCGGACCACGGUGGUGACAGCCGGCGGAGGGACGAGUCUAAGGAACCACAACGGGACGUCCUUGAAUGGCCGGGCUCCCGCGCACGCCACGACAUAACAGUGGGCCGCCUUCACCCGUCCUGGGGUCGUGUACAAGCAGACGGCAGUGUAGGAGGUCGUCUGCCGCGGCCCGCUUCAGUUGUUCCUUGGUUGAGGCUCUCGUGUCGCGAGGUUGAAGGGAGGGUGGGCAGGGCAGUGGGGCGACGUACCUCCCUCCGCCACCCUUGUCCCUGGUGCAGCGAAGGCUCUGUCCAGCAGCACUGUGAGGGCAGUAAGGAGGAGCAUCUCAGAACGUCUCAACGCCUCUUGGUCUCCGACUGUGACGGGGUGAUGGGACUUUCUCCUUAUUUUCCUCUUCAAACUCGUGUUUCAGAAUGGAGUGUGCAAGGAGACUGCUUCCCACGGCCCCCAGUGGCCGUGACCGCUGGAGGCCUCGUGGCGGCCCCUUCCCGGCGGGCUGAGUCACCGUCUGCUGCCGGCCUGCAGCGACGGUCCUCCUCUGACACACAGACUCUGAGUGCCUUCUUGAUGUUCUGCUUAGUUUAUGGUUUCCCUGUUAGCGACGGGUGGAGGACGAGCAAGGUGUGGUGGAGUGACUCCUUCAGUAUUCUCGGCAGUGUCUUCAGCGGCCGCCACGGAGCGUGUGACAGAAGCUCACAGCUCGUGGCCGGCCGGUUCAGUUGUUGGAGCGAGUGUUUUACUAAGGGCAAGAAACUCAAAACAGAGAGAUGGCCUUCUAGUCCAUGUGUGAUAAAUCAUAAUCUUAAUUUGAAAUAUAUCAGAAAACAUAAUAAUAAAUUUAAACGAUAUCAUAUACUUAAGGACAACCCGAAGCCAGUGUUGUGAGAUCGGUAACCCGGCAGACGGAGGGCCGCCGGCGUGGUGGUGGCGGGCUGUGGCCGCGCCUCACCGCUGCCAGUGCGUGUCCAAGAAGUGUUGGUCGCCGCUGCGGUGCCGGCGUCUCAGGCCCGGCACUCAGCGUGGGACGAGGGCGGGUCGUAUAUAUUUUUCACUUUUCCAUUUCCGUCGCUUGUUGGCUGAUCCCUGAACUGGCUUCACUAAUUCAUAUCAUGCGGUGGCCAGGACGGCUGGCUCGCGGCUCUCAUCAAAGGAAUUCGUUAUGUUUCCAGUGUGUCAUCCUCACUCAUUUGCCUCCACGUGUAUGCAAGGCUCCAAGGUCUCGUCUGUAGCGUCUCGCCGGACCGCGCCUGUUCCUUGUCCUCGUCUGUGCUUGUCUCAGUCAUCGCCUCCAUCCCCACUGCCCCGGGCUGGCCCUGUACAUAGCGUCACCUACUCAUGAAAGUUUCCCCUCAGCAACACUAAACAGCAGCAGCCGGCUAGUGUUCCCCGUCUCGUCCUUUGUCCAGACUGGCCACGAAGGGUCCAAGGUCGGUAUUCUCAGACGCUUCCGCCUCUCACAUCAACUGUUUCCAAAGGCCAAGAAGGAGAUCACUCGGAUUCUCAUGAGUCUUAGGUUCAUGGUACAGAAGAAGGGUCGGACUGCCACCAGGGUCAUAAAAGUAUCCCUGAAAAUGCCUAAAACUCCUAAAAAACCGUGUCAAAUAAGUGAGCUUGGGCGCCGCAAUGUCUAAGAAUAUGGUCCUAAGAUCGUAUGUGAGUGGUCACUUGGCGGAGUCUUAACAUUACCUAUUGCGGCACUCCUACGGUAAAAUGUCAGCCAUAGAGUCCUUACAGAUGUCAGGGAAAGUAGCGUUGAUUACUUAAAUGAGCGACAGUUACCGGGAACGUGGCUGGUUUGAAGGGUAAGGUCACGUUCGAGUGUUAAGUGACCGGAGCCACGAGUUCGGUUCUGCCCGUGCCGCGUCGCCUCUUCAGCGGCACCGGGCAGGCAGCGCUGAGGGUCGAGGGCUUCAAGAGAUACAUAUCCUGCACACACGACGCCAUUCUUAGCCUUGAAGUUAGUCUCUGCAUCUCAUUCUUCAUCCCUUGCCUUUGUAGUGAAGCGAGAGAGCACGGAGGAAGAAGCGAAGGAGAAACUGAUCGCAGAGGUUACUGGAAGACAUCCCAUAAUCGCGUCUCUUAGUCUAAAACGUCAGCCUUGAAGUUAGUCUCUGCAUCUCAUUCUUCAUUCCUUUGCCUUUGUAGUGAAGCGAGAGAGCGCUGAAGAAGAAGCGAAGGAGAAAGAGGAGUUGGUCGCAAGGAAGAUAACUGGAACACAUCCCAUAAUCGCGUCUCUAAGUCCAAAACCUCAAAUUUCCAUGUCUAUCCAGCUACAGAACCUCACCAAAGACUAUCGCAAGGACGGUUACUGGAAGACAUCACAUACUAACGCCUCACUACCUUAAAACAGUCCAAAGACAUCGUACUUACCCAUUAAGGUUGACGCAAAACAUCGGCGAAGUUCGGCGUGGGGGUCUUCGUGAUUCCUGAAGACUUGCGUGCCUCCUGAGUCAUGUUUUGUAUCCCUUGUUGGUCUGACUUCCAAGAUUCAUUCACCUGGAAACUUCGAGGCGUAGAGACAAGAUUCACGCGUCUCCUGAGUCAUGUUAAGUGUAUUUCGCUUGCAAGAUUCAUUUUCCUGGAGAUUUUGAGGCAUGGAAUGAGGUUUUGCGCGUCACCUGAGCUCCUCUUCGCUAGAUAUGCUGUUGGCUUAUGGAUCCGUGCUGUCUUAAGUAUGGAAUGAGGUUUUGCGCGUCUCCUGAGCUCCUCUUCGCUAGAUCUGCUGUUGGCUUAUGGAUCCGUGCUGUCUUAAGUAUGGAAUGAGGUUUUGCGCGUCUCCUGAGCUCCUCUUCGCUAGAUCUGCUGUUGGCUUAUGGAUCCGUGCUGUCUUAAGUUCCAAUAAGUCUUGCGCCACUCUCCUAUAAGCGAAGGGGACGCAGCGCCAACCUGGAGAGCUGCAUAUGAACUCUUUCCGCCAGUAGGUACAUAGGCCGCAGGUUGUCUCUUCAUCCCUCGGUCUGCUGCUGUAGGCUACUCUUAAGAACAUGCUGUACACGCACAUUCAUAUUCCUCUUACUGCCAAAGAAGAAAUAAUCAGUCAUUCCGUUGUAUACUUGGGAAACCUUCAGUGAUGACAGUAUUUGACUUUAUAAUACUAGUAAUAAUAGUAAUAGAGUCUAGUAAGUGCAUAGGUCUAACUCCGUAAUGUUAUUCAGGGUGAGUAAGGUUACUACUACUACUGAUUUUUGUGAUAUUAAUGAUACUUCUCUGUCCUUCGUGUAGCAUUGCAUGGGAGCGCUACCGUCGUCCGUCUGGCAGGGGUGUGACUCUGGGGGAGGUGGUGAGAGCUGGCAAGAAUCUGAGACGGGGUUGUCAGACGCUUCAACUAUUUCCAAAUGCAGAAAAGUUGACAAAUCGGGUUCUAAUGAGUGUUUUCUUAGGCUCACGGUACAGAAGAAGGAUCAGACUACCACCAGGGUCUUAAAACUACCCCAGGAAAGGCCCACAACUCCUACGAAACCCUUGGAAAAU